AUGUUCGGCAUCGGAUUCUCUACACGAGACGACUUUCAUGAGAUACCCGGAAAGAAAAAUAUUUGUCUCUUUGGAUACAACUUCAGCAGUUCCAGUAGAAAUAAGGUGAACACUAGUCAACGACGCACGUUGUACACAACCUUCUACGACGGUCGGCAGUGGAGGAAACUGGAGGAGUCGGUACUGCCAGAAGUUGGCGAUGAAUGGGCCCCCUCCGACGAUCCUAAUAAGGUGUAUUCUGCGAAUAGCAUACCUCCAUCUGUCGUUGAGAAGGCUAAGGAGAGCGAUGCCUGGCUGCCAGUUCGAGAUCCCAACUCUGGUGGCGUUUACUGGUGGCAUCCUAGAUCCAACGCUACUACUCCCAUCGGUAGUGGUAAACCAGAAACUCUUAUGAGGGCGUUAGGUAACAGUGCUAUGUUCGGCGCUGGUGCCGCGAUGUUCUUCGCGUUGCUCUACAGAGUCUUCGGCAUAUGUGCGCCGAUAAUUGAGUCUCCGGUUACUCUGAGGGCCCUGGCAAACGGGUGA